AAGGACUUCAAAAAACCCAGCGGGUCAUCUGCUCAUUUUCUUCCCCACAACAGCAAAGACUAUUUGGUCUUAACCUUUCUUGGUGGGGUUCUACUAACACUGCUGCUUAUGGCCCUUGUCUUCCUCAUCAUAAAGAGCUACAGAAAAUGUCACUCCAGUCCCCGGGCCCUGGAUCCUCACUCAGUUCCUCCAGCCAAGUUUUCAGCCCCAGAGGAGGCACUCGCCUAUGCCAACAUGACUUUCAAAAUCUCGAAAGAAAAGAGCAAUCACCUGACCGUGAACCAUUCUGCAGACUCGGACUCUGUUGUCUAUGCUCAAAUUAAAGUGACAAACUCACCUUGCCUUUCCAGCGAGGUGUGAGUCUCGUUCCUCUCAUCUCAGCUCCAUUGUCUUCAUACAUCACUUUCCCUUUUAACAAAUUUUGGACUACGACCUGGGUGAAACCACAGUCGGAGUUGUCUGGGUGUGAUCGGGCAAUGCUAGCCAGCAGUUUUGAAGACCAAGUGUCAGUCUUUUUCCGGGCCUGAGAAAAGAUUGCUGGCCCUCCCACUUGGACAGACAGCCAGUUAGCCCCUUGAGGGCUGAGACUGCCUUUCUUGUCCCCUUCCAAGUAUGUGGAGUAUUCCCUCAGCAUCAUUGAUCAACUUGGGACAAGUCAACCAAAUGAACAA